CAGAGAUCCUCCGGGUCCUGUCCUGCGGUCGCUUCUUGGCUGGGAGAGCGCACUCUCCACCCAGCCUCGCGGCGCGCUCCCCGGACUUCCCGUCGGGACCAUGCGCGGCCGUGAGCUGUCGCUCGUCCUGCUGGUGCUGGUCCUCUGCCAGGCACCCCGGGGACCCGCUGCCCCGGUGCCGGCGGCCAGAGAGGCUGUGCUGACCAAGAUGUACCCGCGAGGCAACCACUGGGCGGUGGGGCACUUGAUGGGGAAAAAGAGCACGGCAGAAUCCGCGUAUGUUGACGAGGGAGGCAGCCUGAAGCACCGGCUGCGGGCGUACAUUCUGUGGGAAGAGGCUGCGAGGAAUUUGCUAAACCUCCUGGAGGGAAAGGGAACCCCAAGCCACCGGUCGCCUCAGGGGGCGCCCCUGGGUAUUCUCCAGUCUACUUGGGAUUCCGAGGAUAGCAGCAACUUGAGAGCUGUGGGUUCAAGACCCGAAGGAAGGAAACCCCAGCUGAAUGACAAUGACAAUGACGGCCUCUCUCAAAGAAGCAAAACCCUUAAGAGACUUUGUUCCAUGGGCAACGAUUUCCCUGGAUCAGCCACAAGAUUUCCUUUGUGCAAAAUACGUCACUAUUCCUGUAUCUUUUCACCUUGA